AUGGCAGCCACCUACCACGUGGUGGUCAGCAGCCUGAACUACUACAGCAGUGUGGUGAUUGACAGGCGCGGCCAGCAUGCCGUUCACUACUGCACUGGACCCUGCCAGCUCCUGACGCAUGGCCUGGACUGCACCGCAGCCCACCGCAGCGCCUGUGCGGAGCUGUUGGAUGCCACUGUUGGCCCAAGACCGACUGCUGUCGCCCAGCCCUCAACCACCCUCAGACACUAUGCCAAAUUUUCAGCCUUGGAGAAUGGAUGCUUCCCCAUAGGUGGGGCUGAGGACAUAAUGGAGGACUGCUACCAGGCCCUCCAGGGUGUUUCCAGAGCCAGGAGGGGCCUGGCUGGCCAGCCAUUUUCCAGUAGCCUGAAGGACAUCACUGGGGAGGCCAUCAACCUCGCCAGUGGGAAGGUGAAGGAGUUCUCCCAUGAGAGGGACAGGGUCUCCUCCAGCCACACCAUAUUACGCAAGUGCCGUAAGGCCCGCCCUGACUCCAUCCUCAGGAGAUCUGCUGACCUGGAUGUCCUCCUCAGCCGCUUUGCCGCAGGGAAUGAGGAGAACUGCCAGCCUUUUGGGCUCCCACCCCCAGAUGACCCACUCGGGCCUGAGCCAAGCAUUGGCAUGAGGACCGGGGCGUCUUGCCUUAACAUUGUGGCAGAGGAAGACCUGGUGGCCCGGAUACUGGAGAAGGCCAAGGCGGAGGGUGGGGCCCCAGGGCAGGACAUGCGGGCAUGCCUGGAGAUCCUCCUGCGCUGCUCCGAGGACCUCAAGAGGUGUACCGACAUCAUCAGGCAGUGCUGCAUCUCUAGGAAGUCCACCGGCGAUGCUGGUGACUACAGCGGGUCCGAGAUAGCCUACCGGAGCGCGUUAGCCAGUCUAUCCGGCUUCCUCAAGAAGCUCCCGCUUGGGCUCGGUGCAGGCCAAGCCCAGCCCUGGGCCAAGGAGCAGGGCAACCUGGCUGAGCUGCUCAGGACCCUGCAGUGGCUGCAGCAGAGCUCCCCUUCCUCUGUUUUCGGGGAUGACCUGCCACCCCGUUAUGAGGAUGUGGUUCGAUCUCCUCCUGAGCUCAGUGCCCUGCUGCUGCCACCUCCCUCCCCUUCCCAGCCCGAGGUCCUGGGGAAGGCAGAGCCCUCCCCAAACCUCCUGACCCCCUCCUUACCUGCCUCCACCCAUCCCUGCCUUUUGCCACACCGGGGUAAGGUAACAGCGAAUAUCCAGCUCAACCAUCCCGAUAGCCUCUCCUUUGUUAGCUCGAUGGAACGAGUCAUCAAGAAGAAAUCGGCUGUUGUUACAACACCUGAGGAGCAGCCAUUGUACAUUGUGGAGGAUGACGGUAGCAGCGAGGCAGGGGGUGAGGGGGAUGGGAUAUUCAGUGAGGCCCUCGGGGGGGUAAGCAGGGGGAAUGCAAUGAAGCUGGAGACCGGGGACUGUUCGCAAGCGGGCAUUCCCACCAAGAGUGUGAGCUUGGAGCUGAGGCCAAGUGAGGACCAUCUGCGACUUGGUGCCAGCAGGGAUGACAGCGACGAGAUUGACAAGCUGCUGACGGAUCUGGAGCAUCUUUCCCGGAGCAUUGUGAAAGAACCUCCUGCCAAGAUCAGAGACCUGGAACAGAGGAACGGCAGCCAGGAUACGAUCAUACCCUACCAGCGUCCCACCUGCGGACCUCCUGUACCCCUGUCGCGGGGUAGCCAGGACCCGGUUGAUGGGCCGGGUGAAGACGGGGACAACGCUCUGCUCCAGAGGAUCUUGGACAGCAUUGAGGGCCUCGCCCAGGAGCUGGUGAAGAACGGGAAGGGCAGGGCGGGGAUGCAGUCCAAGGAGAGAGAGGUAAUGAGGAUCCUGCAGGACACGCUAACCACCCCGGAUCAGCCAGAGGUGCAGGAGGACCCCGAGUCUGACCACAUCCCAGGUGCUGCCAGCCCAGAGCCAGCGCCCACAACAAACCCAACAUCUUCCCUGUUCAUCCAGCCCACUUCAGAAGAAUGGAUCCAAAACAAGCCAGAGGGGGGGUCAGGGGUCCCUCCCCCCACACCAGCUCCAGGCUCCACUCCUGCCUUCCAUUACCUGGGGCCUGUCUCUCCCACCUCUGUGCCUGACACUACCUCUCCUUUGCCUCAUGCAUCCAGCCCUCCCCCUGCUGAAAAGUGGGCAGUGCCUGCUCCCGUCAACAUUCCACGCUUCUAUUUCCCAGAAGGACUUUCACCAAACUGCAGCGUUGACCUCAACCAGACCGUUGCCAUCAAAAUGGCAUUUGCAGGGCUUCCAGAAGAGAAAGCUGAUAUUCAUGACAUGGAGAAGAUCACCAAGGUGUGUGGCUGCCCUCUGUACUGGAAGGCUUUGCUGUUCCAUGGUGCUGGAGGAGAUUUGACAGGGUCGAUCUCUGCCAGCUCAUUCGUGGCGAUGUGGAAGAAGUUGUUGCACAGUUGCUAUGACGACUCGGCCAAGUUUGUUUACCUGCUGGCCAAACCGGACUGCAAAUACCUGGAGCAAGAGGACUUCAUCCCACUAUUGCAGGACAUCGUGGACACACACCCGGGGCUGAUGUUUCUGAAGGAUGCGCCUGAAUUCCACUCACGGUACAUUACCACGGUGAUUCAGAGGAUAUUCUACACUGUCAACCGCUCAUGGACAGGGAGGAUUACCAUGACGGAGCUAAGGAGGGGCAACUUCCUACAAACUCUGGCUCUCCUGGAGGAAGAGGAUGACAUCAACCUGAUAACAGACUACUUCUCCUAUGAGCACUUCUAUGUCAUUUACUGUAAGUUUUGGGAAUUGGACUCGGACCACGACCUCUUCAUCGAACAGAAGGACCUAGCCAGAUAUAAUAGCCAUGCCUCAUCAAAAAGGAUUAUUGAGCGUCUUUUUUCUGGAGCUGUUAUAAAGGGAGGCUCCGUGCAGAGAACUGGCAGGAUGUGCUAUGCUGAAUUUGUGUGGUACAUCAUCUCUGAAGAAGACAAGAAGAGCCCCACCAGUAUAGAGUACUGGUUCCGCUGCAUGGACCUGGAUGGAGAUGGGAUUCUCUCCAUGUAUGAGCUGGAGUUCUUCUACACCGAGCAGUGCGAGCGCAUGGAGAAUAUGGGCGUGGAGCCGCUGCCUUUCAAUGACCUGUUGUGCCAGGUGCUGGACCUGGUCAAGCCAGAGUGUCUGGGAAAAAUAACCCUGAGCGACCUAAAGAGGUGCCGAAUGGCACACUUAUUUUACGACACAUUCAUCAACCUGGAGAAGUACCUGGACCACGAGCAGAGGGACCCUUUUACAGUGCAAAAGGACUUUGACAGUGAAGUCCCAGAGCCCUCAGACUGGGAGAAAUUUGUGGCUGAAGAGUAUGAUGUUCUGGUUGCUGAGGACACAGCCAGCGAUCCUCCAGCGGAGGGGUCUUUGGAGGAUGACUGUGAAUCUGAUGAAUGCGUGGACACCCCAGUCAAGGGGAGUAAGGCAGACAUGACAGAAGAGAUUGUACUCUCCAACCAGUCUGGGUGAAUCAGCCUUGAGAUCUCACCUGAAUGGGCCUCCACCAUGACGCCCUACAACUGCCAUCCCUGGCCACUCUACAGGAUGGGCUGAAGAAGGAACAGGAGAAUAGGGCACGAUAAGAGGAGCAGACAGGGGAACAGAAGGGAGAAAAGAAGGAGAACAGAUGAGGA